AGAUGGCAGCUGGUAGCUCGUACACCAUAGUGGAGUAUUUUGGUGGGGAGGACGGAUAUCGUUGUGGAUAUUGUAAAAAUGAGACCGGGAAUUUUUCGCAUGGGAUGUGGUCUCACACCAUGACUGUGCAGGACUACCAGGAUCUAAUUGACCGAGGCUGGAGAAGAAGCGGGAAGUACGUUUAUAAGCCCAUUAUGAACAAGACAUGCUGUCCACAGUACACCAUCAGGUGCCAUGCACUGAACUUCCAGCCAUCAAAAACCCACAAGAAGAUCCUGAAGAAGAUGGGCAAGUUCCUCUCUAAAGGGGAGAUGCCAACAGGACAGUGUGAUGGGGAACCCAUGGACUCUCUCUGUGAGGAUGCGGGCCCACGGGACUCCCCCAAAGUUCCCCAGCCUGAUAUCGAGGGUCCCAUUAACGACGUGGCCCCCAGCACAGAGGCGGCCCCCAAACCUGCAGGGUCGGACACCCCCCGACAGGAGCCAACGCCCACCCCCGCAAGCAGGGAGGCAGGGGUUGCACCCAAACCAGGGGUGGGCGCGGACCCCAGCAGGCCUCCGUGUCGCAAGGCCAAGGAGCUGCGGAAGGAGCGCCGCCUGCAGAAGGAGCAGCAGAGGCAGCAGGAGGGAGGAGCCCCGGCGUCAGGCCCCGCCCCCGCCCCGCCCAGCCAGCCCAGCCAGCCCAGCCAGCCCAACCAGCCCAAAACACUGGAGGACUUCAUCACUGAGUCCCUGCCUGAAGAUGCCAAACAUCACGUGGAGGUGAGGCUAGUGCGCUCCAGCCCCCCCAGCUCGCAGUUCAAAGCCACUUUCGACGCCUCCUACCAGGUGUACAAACUCUACCAGAUCGCCAUUCACAAGGACCCGCCCGACAAGCCCUCAGAGAGCCAGUUCCGAAGGUUUCUCUGUGAUUCUCCUCUGGAGGCGGAGACGGCCCCGGACGGGCCAGACUCAGGUUACGGCUCCUUCCAUCAGCAGUAUUGGCUGGAUGGGCGCAUCGUUGCCGUGGGAGUGAUUGACAUCUUGCCUACCUGUGUAUCCUCGGUGUACCUGUACUACCAUCCCGACUUCGCCAGCCUGUCCCUGGGCUCCUACUCUGCUCUCAGGGAGAUUGCCUUCACGCGGCAGUUACAGAAACAGUCUCCCAAACUCUGCUACUACUACCUGGGCUUCUACAUUCACUCCUGUCCCAAGAUGCGCUACAAGGGUCAGUACCGGCCUUCAGACCUCCUUUGUCCGGAGACGUACACCUGGGUAUCAAUCGAGCGAUGCCUUCCCCGCCUGGAGAGCGCCGCCUACGCCCGUUUCAACCAGGACCCUGAUGCAGAAGACGCGCGGAGCCUGAAGGAUCUGGGCCGGGCCUUGGUGCUGUACCGGCGGAUGGUGAUGCCCUAUGCCGCCUACGCCAGGAAGCGCAAGGGUUCGAGCGACGAGCGGGAGGUGGAGCAGUACGCCGGGCUGGUGGGACAGGCCUGCGCGGAGAGGAUCCUCCUCUACCGGGCGUAGCGGUUGCCGCAGCAGGGCCCUUUGUGUGUGUCUUCCUGUCCAGGCCUCACAGAAAUGUGUCCGCACAUCCUUCUAGCCAUUCACAUUGCACCGCUUUCUGCACUGCCUGAAUGUGCUGUCUGUCUCUCCGAGUGCUUUCCUGUCUCCUGCCUCACCAUAAACCCACCUCGCUGCCCUAGCAUCACACGCACACCGACUGCAUAGACGCACCACCCACGUAUCACGCCUGCUUACAAGACAAGACUUUGUUUGACUGAAUCAUUUUUGAAUAGCCAUUGAUGUUGGUGAUCCACAGUUACUGAUCUUUUGACUCUUGAGUUGUCCUCUGUCGCUGUGUGCUGAGGUGAGUUACUGAGCUGUCUAAUUCCAAAGGGACCUCUUACGCACUUUGAUUGCUGGCCUUGUGGUUUGCAGAGCUAUACCUCUUUGUGGAUGUUGACUUGGAACGAUGCUUUGGAUCUCACCUUCAUGUAGAAAGACCACAACCCUCAAUGUUGUGCCCACACUCGAUUGAGAAGCGUCUGUCUGCUGGGUCUGUCCACCCCUCUAUCUCCCUUUAAGUGAUGGGAGUGUGGUUUUAGGAGUCUCACAUCCCUAGUUCCUCUGGUAACGCUGGCUUCAGGGCAGAGGUCAGCCAGGGAGCUUUUCCACAGCCUCUGGUUGAGUUCUGAGCAGAGGCCAGUGGUACUGAGGGUUGGUAUGUCUAGGGAGCAGUGUGGAACUCAAUCCAGGCUUUACACCUAAGAACUGGAGAAUAAUUCCAGAAAGUUCCUAUUCAGAAGUGGUUCUCUGAGCUGCAAGAAGCUAACUGGGGAGUAACUGACAGGCUUGAGAACCAGCAACUAGGUCUGGAGGGUUUGUGAGUUUAUUAUAAGCGGGCAGCUGUAACACUAUUAUAGAUUACUGAAGCAGAUCUCUGUGUGCAGUUUAUGCCAUACUAUAGAGUGCUGGAGCAAUCCCAUAAUGCUACAGUGAAAUUGUCUACAUUAUUGGGCACUGACUGUCUGCCCAGCAUCAGUAUAUUCUCUCAGACAUGAAGUCAAAGCAAUGGCUACUGGAUAGGGAGCUGAAGAAGGUGAACCCUGUGGGUGCAUUUCAAACCACCCCUCAUGAUCUUCUUUCUCCAUAACAACACUGAUCUCAGAUGAAGAAGGUAAUGUGAAAGGAUGAGCGCCUUGUGAGUUUACUGAUCUGAGAUCAGCGUUUCUGAUAGGAGUUAAAGUUGAGGGAUGGUUUUGAGUUGAUGGUUUGAGAUGCAGC